ACAUUUAUGUGAUUUCAAAUUUUAUCUAAGAUAAUUAUUCCCUUUAACAUGUAUUUUACAUUUUAUACAAAUGGAUAGAGGCCAGGAGGCCGGCCCUUUCUGCCUCUUUUCAGUCGAAAAUAAAACUAAUCAGUGAAGUAACUCUGGAAAGCAUUUCAAUGAGUGCUAAAGAUAAACCCUUCACUUGUACAGUGAAAAGUUGUGAUAUGACAUUCACAAACAAGAACCAUUUAGAUUGGCACUGGAAGAAGCAUGAAAUGAUGUUGAAUCUGGAACUGACCAACAAAAACAAUGAAUCUGCUGAUCAAACUCCGACGCCAACUAGAUUCAUUAGAAAUUGUGAAGAAGUUGGUCUUUUUCAAGAUCUCCAGCAUGUCAAUCCAUUUGAUGAAACAUUCAAAAAGGCUGUUGAUUCAGCAAAGAAUGGAAACAGUUUAGAGGUUCUAGAAGCAAACAACUCCAAUGACACCCUGCAUACCCCACAUAUUUUACCACACAUUGAAGAGAAUCAGAAAAAAAAUGUUAAGCAGGUUACAUCAGAUUCACAUUCUUUUGAUUUCACAACUAAUGAUGUACAGCCAAUAAUUGUAUCUGAUCAUCCAUCUAGAAAUGUUGCUGAUACCAUAAAAAAUCAGAUUAUUGAAAAUAUUAAAAAGAAUAAAGUAAAAAGCAAAAAAGGAAUGAAUAGCUUUAUAUCAUGUGUGCCUUUUGAAGAUCUGACAGUUAAAAAAAAUAAGUACAUCAUCAAUUUAGACAGUGAAGGUGAGAAUGAAUCUGAUAGCAAUGAGAAGAAAAAGCAAAUAAGAGAAAUGAACAGAGCUUCCCAAAUGAGGUGCAGAAAACGAAAACAACUUUUAUGGAAACAGAUGGAAGAUGAAAUUUGUAACCUAAAGGAAGAGAACAAAAAAUUGAAAGUGGAAAAUUCCAAUUUGAAAAAACAGCUAAUGCAGUUUCUGGAAAAAAAUGGCACAACCAAAGAAUCAGCAGUGACUGUAAUGACAGAUAAUCUGAAAACACAAGAAAAUGCAUCACAAAAAACCCAAAAGAAAAAAUUGAUUGCCCCCAUGAUGAUUCCAUUAAUUCCAAGUGGCACUAGUUUAUCAAUACCAACAUUUAUGCCAAAUCAACCCAUCAGUGUAGAAAGUUGUCAUACAUCAUUAGAUAAUGAUUGCAUCACAAAGGGACAAGCAAACAGGAAGAGAAAAACAUUUAGAAAUAUUGUUCCCAAAAUACUCAUCAAAAAGUGAAAACUUCAGUGAUGAUCCUUAUAAGCUGUGAAAUUGGAUUAUUGUUCAAACUAGCUCCUUAUGACUGCAAGAAAAAAUUGAAUUGCAAAAAAUAGAUUGCAUGGUUGAGUGUGAGAAGUUUGGAAAAGUAGGUGAAUAAUAAUGUGAAAUUAUUUGUAUUUAAAUUGCUGAUGAAUACUUUACUCUCCAAAUCACAUGGGGCACAACUCAACCUCUAUUAUGUUAUGGUUUCAAAAAUGAGAUAGAUAAAUAAAUAUAUAUAUAAUCACCAGUUUGCACCAGUGUAUAGGCUGAAACAAUAAUUUUUGUAAAAAUACCAUGAUUUUAGGGAAAAAUAAAAUCAAUUGUUUUUUAUUUUACACUU